AUGGAUCAUAUUUCAUCUAUUCGCCGUCGUUCUUCACUAUUUUCCAUCAAUCAGGCUUCUGACUCAGGAUCAACAUCAAAGGAUCAUGCUAAGUACGAAAAGCAACUGAGACUGGAAAUAAAACAAUGGACUGAUCUGCUUCGAGAAAAAUGUCAAAAGUUACGACACUCACAAAAGGCUUCUUGUAAAAUCGAACAGUCUGUGUUGAGCGAAAAACAACAACAAUACCUUGCAGACGGACCCACCGUUGAUAGUUUCAUUUUGGAAACAGAAUCAUUCGAUAAAGCUAUACUGGCAUACGUCGAGCGUAAACUAUUCUUGAUGGAGCGGAAUACACACAUCGUUCAAGAAGCAAAAGCUUUGGUAGAGCUUGAAUUAAAGGAUUCUGUUGCUAUGGAACUGCUCGGAAACAAAUUUUCAUAG